AUGCAGUCUGCAGUGUGCAGUCUGCAAAUGUCAUACACCGAAUUUUCAACAGGUUCUUAUUUUACAAAAACGAAGGCAAUGGUGAAAAUACAGAAAAAAAAUUUUGGUCUAGGUUUCAGUCAGUAAGAUUCAAAGAAUCAAAAAUGUAACUCUGACAGUAUUUUAUGGACCAUGUAGCAUAAGAGCUAGACACGCUAGUACUUUGGAAAGAUAAAUUUACUGUAUGGUUAUAAUCUAAACUGAAUUCUAGAUAAUUAUUUAAUACAGCAAUAUAAUAUUCCAUAUCACAUAUGCCCUGUAGUAGUUAUCUGUGCUGAUGGCUAGUGCCCCUAUCAAAUUAAGAACCUAAGUAGCCUAUGAUCCCACUAAAAACCAUUUCUAUAAGAACCUAUUUAGGCUAAGUUGGAAAAAUCUAGGUUCUCAUACGCGGGUUUUUACUGUUAAUCAUCCUAAAGCUUAUAUACUUCAGAUUUUACAAUACAUUAUGACAUUCAUUGCAAUUAUGAAAAUAAUACAUCUGAAAUAUUUUUAAAGUAUAUGGUUCUGAUAUCUGUAACACGGGGUCUUCAUUGUGACUGUGCCUGCUUGAUGUUCUGAUACCUCAAAAACAAGACAUCUGAGGAAAGGAUCAAAGAAAUCAUCAAGGAUGCUGUUAUCAUUGAGCAAGAGUUCUUCACAGAGGCCCUCCCUGUAAAACUCAUUGAAAUGAACCACAUCCUUAUGAAGCAGUAUAUUGAAUUUUGUAGCUGACAGACUCCUGGUUGCUCUUAAAUGCUCCAAGGUAAAAAUAGCUUAUGUUUGCCUGAUUUUUUGCCCUCCGGUGGAAAUAUUUAGGUGUUUUGACUACGUAAAAAAUAGCUUCAGGGAGUUAAUGUCUUGGUCAAAUCAAAAUGCACCAUUCAAAUCAUUCAAAUCAAAAUGCAACAUUCCCUCCCUGUUUAGGCAUAAAUUUUUGUAAUUCCCCACUCAAUCCCAAGCCAAACAGCUGUUUAAAUGCCCCAUCAAAGGUACAUUUUAGGUCAUCAAAUGCCCCUAUCAUGUAACAUUCAAAAUCUUUACCUUAACCAAACUCUGCUACUGCAACAAUUUAUCAAAGUGCAUGCAAGUACACCCUAGUUUAAAUUUAUCAGCAGUAUGAACAGAUUAAUUUUUUACAAGGGCAGGGACAUUUUAUGGGAAGUUACUACAGAGUUAAGAAGAGAGUAGCAGAAUAUCAGAAGUCAAGGGUAAUGAGCAGAAGUCAUCUACAACAUCAGAACAUGUAUUCAAAACAGAUGAAAAUUUCUAGACCUAUUUUGUACAGACCAUAAAAAUGGAGAAAGAAAUUUAAAACAAAACUUACCAGAAAUGUCAUCAGAGUCAGAGUCAUCAGAGUUCUUACAUUAAGGUUGUAUAUAUUUCCAUGCUGUUGUCAACAUUGCACAAGUAAGUUAGAGUAUUAAUUUUUAGCACCAAAAAUCCUUUUUAUUGCUAUUUUUAAAGCUACUUUACAUAUAUUUUUAUCAGUAUACAGUUUGCAUCUCAGUAUGAAAUAUGCUAUUUUUGGUUAGCCUUUCGGUGUCUUUAAACAAAGUUUUACUAAAGUGUUGGUCAGUUGCUCAUCUUUGUUCACCUUGCAUAAUACAUAGGGUUACUUGUGCAAGUUGUUUGUCUCGAAAUCCGGUGUUCUUGGUUUUUGUCAUAAUUGUGUACACCUGGUUAAGCCUUCCACUUAGACCGAAUUAGAUCGGUGGGUUUGUGGAGUACUGCAGCCUCACUUUUCCUUGCUCCCAUUCGUGCAGACUAGCGGUGUUAAAAUUGUCAGCAAACAGCAGGGAGUGUGGUGUAGCUCAGGGAGAGUUUAAAAUAGGUUUCCCCCAGUUAAACCAACUCAACUGAAUUUGCCCUGUAGUCUUAAAAAAUCGGUCUAGCUAAUAAAAAGUAUUCAAAUAUGACAGCUUUCUCUGAAAGGAACCUCAAAAAUGCUUUUGUACCAUUUCAUUAUGGAUAACCAAGUGAUCUGCAGUCAAUGGGGAAGGCGACUGGGAAGCAAUACCGUAUUGACUCGCGAAGCGACUUGGCGAUAAAAAAAUUUUCACGUUUCAAAUGCGGCGCUUAUUCUAAGGCGGCGUUAAUUUAAAAGUUGAACGCUACAACUGAGAAAUGUUUUAACUAAGUUAUUAUAAUUUUACAAACAUAAAAAAGUGUUCUUUUUUAGGGAUAACUACAAGAGACGCAGUCUUCAAUUCAUGCCAUGCGUAAAUCAGAUCGUAAUGUCAUCGUCAGGCAUCACAAUAACGGCAAAAAUUCAGUCUACAGCGGCAAACUUCUACCAGCAUGUCUACCAGCGUUCUUCUACUGCUGUAAGACAACAAAGAUCAAUCACCAAGCUGACCAAAAACAGAACACACGAACUGCAAACAGUGUCACGGGCCCAGUGAGCACCUCUGUCGGGAUCGGGGAUUCCCUGACCUGCUGCGGUGUUGUAAAAACGCGCGGGGGCUGAGGAGAGAGAUUUUCCGUCUUUUUCUCGCCGCUGUUACAGUGACAUGGACAUCCCCAUUCUCCAAACCCUAGCGAUUUAGGCAUCCGCUUUUCAUAUUACCUUAGCGAUUUGGGUUAGGGUUAGGGCAACAGUAGACUUGCCACAAAGUCGGCUUCUCAUAAGUUCUUAGCGAGCGAGGCGAACGAGAAAAAGCGAGCUUCAACGAGGUCGCGCAGCGAGCCAGGUAGUCGCGAGGUCAAGGAAUAACCAACUAGGAAAAAAAAUUCAAAGGACUUUUAGAAAGUCUAGGGCAGGGGAUGCCUGUUGUUGUUGUCGCGACGUCUUUACUGUCUGAAGGGUGGGCCUCAACUGGCUAGGAAUAUCCCACUUUUAAUUUAAAUUCUCUUUUUUUAUUUGUCACGUUUAACCCACUCACGCACGAGGACACACGUCACACGCGAGCGUUUUGAAGAAUACCGAAUUUUGGCAAAAUGAAUAGGAAGGAUUUACAGCUACGCUGUUACCGUGAUUUAAUAAAGUUAUACUGUGCACCUAUACUUUUAGACAAAAUUUCUGCGGUGAACUGAUUUCUUAAUAUCACUGUAGAAAAUUCUCUACCAGCGAAUAAUAGUGGGGCCGUGUAUGAGUAAUUUAGAAAUAAAAAAAAGUAUAAGAAGAAGAAAAGAAACCAACACUCACCUAUUUUAAAAAGGAUUCAAAUUUCAUGUAUGUAAUCGUGUUCGACAGGCUCUCUCCUGGGAAGGAUCGCCUCUGGCCGCAGCCUCAUUUCAGCUGGGUGACGAGCCGCUUCUUCUUCAUCCUCCUCAGCCUGCUCUUGUCCUUGCUCCCCGAAAAUAUUGAGCGUGAACAUAGCACCCAAAACGCCGCCGAUGACACCCCCGAAAAGUGCACUCAAGAAAAAAUAUUUGAAGGAUAUCAUAGUAGUUGUCGCCUUAAUGCAAGACUGAAAGAACGACUUUUCCAUCCGAUCCCGCUGUUUACAUUUCUAGGUGACGUCAUUACCUAAGACAGAAAGCUUCUUGCUGUUUCUUUAUGCCAGCAAGAGAAUGGGCACUAGUUUAGAGAUUAGGUGGAAGCUUAGAUGGUAGCCAUUUUGGAAACGGGCUGGAGAUGAUUACAAUUUUUGGAUUCGGUGAAUAAGUCAGCGAUUAGGGAAUGUCUGCUCCUCGGAAACCAUGGGAAGGAGCAGUAGUAAACACAAGGUCUAGUGUAGUGCCGUUUGAUUCUCCAUCUCGUCUUCCAUUAGGAGUUGGACCCCCUAGAUUGAAUGCACUUCGCGAUCGUGACUUCGGCAAAAUGGCGAGUUCAACUUCGGAGUCAAGAAAACCUCCACCGUUGCCACCAAGACCUCAAACAUAGAGAUCUAAUGGGGGAUUAAG